GUUAUAGGGUUCUUGUAUGUAAUUUUCCCUGUCUUGUUCAAAAAGAAAAGAAAAUAUGUAAUUGUCGCAACAUGUAUAUCCAGUUUAGGGUUUUGUAGGGUUUUCUCUGUAAUCAGCCACCGCCCAAAUCGUGAAUCGAAGAGGGAUUUGAAACAUGAAUUUCAACAACGUUAAAGUUCCCAAGGUGCCAGGUGGUGGUGCGGCUUCUGCUUUGAUCAAAUUUGGGGUUGUUGCUGGGCUUGGCGUGUAUGGGGUUGCUAACAGUCUCUAUAAUGUCGAUGGAGGUCACCGAGCUAUCGUCUUCAAUCGCAUAGUUGGCGUGAAAGACAAGGUUUACCCAGAAGGGACGCACCUAAUGAUCCCAUGGUUUGAAAGGCCAGUCAUUUACGAUGUCCGUGCACGCCCCCAUUUGGUAGAGAGUACUUCAGGGAGCCGUGACCUCCAAAUGGUGAAAAUUGGUCUUCGAGUGCUUACCCGUCCUGUGCCCGACCAAUUGCCUACUAUUUAUCGGACACUUGGUGAGAACUAUAAUGAAAGAGUCUUGCCUUCCAUUAUUCAUGAAACUCUGAAAGCGGUGGUUGCUCAAUACAAUGCUAGCCAGCUCAUCACUCAGAGAGAGGCGGUCAGUAGGGAAGUGAGGAAGAUAUUGACAGAGAGAGCUGCAAAUUUCAACAUUGCGCUGGAUGAUGUCUCAAUCACAAGCCUGACCUUUGGGAAGGAGUUUACUGCAGCAAUAGAGGCCAAACAGGUGGCUGCGCAAGAAGCUGAGAGGGCCAAAUUUGUUGUUGAAAAGGCUGAGCAAGACAAACGAAGUGCUAUUAUUCGGGCGCAGGGAGAGGCAAAGAGUGCCCAGCUGAUAGGUCAGGCUAUUGCCAAUAAUCCAGCAUUUAUUACUCUGAGGAAAAUUGAAGCAGCAAGAGAAAACGCACAUACGGUAGCGAAUGCAGCCAACAAGGUUUUCUUGAGUUCGGAUGACUUGCUGUUGAACCUUCAGGACAUGAACUUGGAGAGCGCCACUGGGAGGAAAUGAACUCACCAGAUUGAAAAAUCUCGGUAGUUUCCCUCUUUUGAACUGCUUCUGGCUGUUGUGGACACAUGGUUUGAUCCAUUUUCUUAACUUUUUGAAUGAGGAUGUUUCUUUUUCAAAACUUUUGAACCUGCUCAAUCGGUAUAAUACCAAAUUGCUGGGGUAUAUUUCUGCCCAAUAGUUGAAAAUGAUUAACUUUGUAUAUGUUUUUGGAUUGUGCAAGCAUGCAUUUCUGCCCAA